AUGUCAGGAGAUAAAGAGAAAGCUAAAACUCAUAAGUUAUCGCUGAAAGGAUCUUCGAAAUUGGUAGCAGAAUUUUUUGAAUACUCCAUAAAUACUAUUCUCCAUCAAAGGGGGGUUUAUCCUGCUGAGGAUUUCACUCCCGUGAAGAAAUAUGGUCUCAACAUGCUUCUCACUUCCGACGAUCAAGUCAAGGCAUAUAUCAAGAAGAUAAUGUCACAACUUAACAAAUGGAUGCUAAGCAGCAAAAUCUCUAAGCUUGUGAUCGUCAUCACAAGUAAAGAGACAGGCGAGUCAAUAGAAAGGUGGCAAUUUGACGUGCGUUUACCCCAGAGCCGAGACUUUAAGGAGGGGCUAAAGAACAUCAAGGUGGAAAUAUUCGGCAGGCACGCAAAGAAGCACUCCUCGCGAGACCAAGAGAAAUCAACAGACAAAGAGAACUCGGCGCCUGCCAUCUCGCCAAGCGCACAGACUUCAGAGAAGUCCGAAAAGGAGAUCCAGCAAGAGAUCCAAGCAAUUUUUAGGCAGAUCACCGCAUCAGUGACCUUUCUACCGCAGCUUGAUACUGGCGGUUGCACAUUCAAUGUUUUGGUUUAUGCUGAUGCCGACUCAGAGGUACCGCUGGAAUGGGGGGAUAGUGAUGCUAAGGAGAUAGAAAAUGGGGAGAAAGUACAGUUAAGGAGUUUCAGUACCAGCAAUCAUCGAGUCGGUACGCUUGUAAGUUAUAGGUGA